GUACGCCUUGACAAUUAACUUCCGGUUGAAACGAAAUUCGGACGUAUUUUGUAUUUUGGGAAAUUUUAUAUUUUGUUUUCCACUGUGUUGACAAGUAUGGCAAAUGGGAAUUAUUCAACCGACAGCGAAGAAGAAUUCUACAAGAAAAGGAAAACAAAGCCAAUGAAAAAACGACACAGUCCACGAAGUUUGAGCUCUGAUAAAACACCACCGUCACGAAGACGAUCUAGAAGCCCCUUAGCAAAAAUAAAGAGAGAACCACCAUGGACACCACCUCGAAACAAAAGAGAAACAGACAGACACAGAGAAAGACCAGCUGAUAGGUGGCGAGAGAAGGAAGAGAGAACUCACAUCAAGAGAGAACGAGAAGACAGGGAUCAACGGCAUGCCAGGCAUCAAGUCAAACAAGAGAGAGAGGACAGACAUGACAAAUCACAUAGACAGAGGGGACAACAGGAGAGAGAACGGAGACGAAACGAUGACCGCCGGCGGGAAAAUCACAGACACAGGGGGAAUAAUCCAUUCCAACCCACGGAGGAAGACGGGCAGGAGUUUGGGGGUCCGGGUAAUAACCAGAAUCAGUCGAAGCCCGUGGAAAAGGAGAAACCAAAUUUCGGUACGUCUGGGAAGUUAGCAGAGGACACUAAUGUUUACAGGGGUGUUGUGAUCAAGUAUAAUCAGCCACCAGAGGCUCGGAAACCAAAGACAAGAUGGCGAUUGUAUCCCUUCAAAGGUGACGAAGCCUUACCUGUACUACAUAUCCACCGACAGAGUGCCUAUCUCAUCGGCAGGGAUCGAAUCGUUGUAGAUAUACCAGUUGACCACCCCUCAUGUUCCAAACAGCACGCAGUUCUACAGUUUCGAUUGGUGGAAUUUCAGCGGGCCGAUGGAUCCACUGGACGACGAGUUCGACCCUACGUAAUCGACCUUGGAUCAGCUAAUGGGACAUAUGUGAACAAUAACAAAGUAGAACCACAGCGAUAUGUGGAGCUCAUUGAAAAGGACGUGGUCAAAUUUGGCUUCAGCUCAAGGGAAUAUGUGAUCCUACACGAAAAAUCUGACACAUCAGAAGUGGAGGAUCAAGGUGUUCUCUCCGAUUGAUCUCAUUUAUAAACUACAGGCCAGAAAAAGAUGGUUUUUGCGGGAGAGAGAGAAAAAAUAUGGAGCGAGGACAAUGUCAUUUCUUCACAAUUCCCAUUCAUAUAAAUCAUUGUGAAUCAGAUCAGUGCUGGGGUACACUGUGCAGUUCUGUUAGUGUACAUUCAUAUAAAUCAUAGUGAAUCAGAUCAGUGCUGGGGUACACUGUGCGCUUCUGUUAGAGUGCAUUCAUUUGGAUGUAAAUAUGAUCUGUCGAUGUUUCAUUACUUCACGACUCUCAUUCAAGAUCAUUGUGAAUCACCAGUGCUGGAGUACACAGUCAUGUUGUUAGUGUAGUUCUGUUUGGAUGUAAAUGUGAUCUAUUGAUAUAUAUUAUAAAUGUAUUUUUUUCAUCACAUGUAUAUGUACCUGAUAUUUAUGCGAUAGCAUGAAGGUCUGAAGUGGCCAUUUUUAAAAUUUUCAAAACACAGGAUCUUAAUCUUUUAUAUAUUUUACAGUAAAAUUUCAAUAACAUGUGAAUGGUACAUAUAUAUUUGACAAGUAAAGGUUGAGCAUGUUGAAAAUUGUAAUAAAAGUGAACAGUUA